UACACACACAUGAGAUUGUGCAAGACAUGAGAGAAGUGUAUGACACAGGGACAGAGGUAUGUCUGCAGCUCAGCCUGAACUCAGAGCUCCGCACCCCAGGUGCCAGCUGUAGGCAGAUCAUGUAUUACCACCUGGUUCUCCUCUUUGGUGGCCUUGGCCUUGCCUACAGCAGGGAGUUCCAAUGUGAGACUGUUGGACGGAUAGCCUGGUUCCAAUUCUGCAACUUGACUCAGAUCCCUCUGAUAACAAAUAGCACUGCAAAGCUGAUAUUAAAUUUUAACUACAUCCAUGAGGUCAAUUCCACAUCUUUCCCACUACUGGAGAAAUUGGUAGAAUUACAAUUGUCCAGCCAGCAAACAGAGAAACUAACAAUCCAGAAGAACAGCUUCCGAAAUCUGCCGAACCUCAUUACGCUAGACCUGUCCUAUAACAUUAUGCUGGUCCUGGAUCAAGACGCUUUCGUUGGCUUGUCAAGACUGGAGAACCUUAUAUUAUACUACAACAGUUUAAACAGCUCCAUUCUGGAAAAUAACUACUUUAGGGACCUGAUAUCUUUGCAAUACUUGGACCUUUCCAGUAACACGAUUACAUACCUCAAACCCAAUCCAUUGUUCUACUAUUUACAUUACUUUAAUCUACUAAGCCUAAAAAGCAAUCGGAUAACCAGAAUUUGUGAAGGAGAUCUCCACAGCUUCCAGUACAAAUUCUUCACCGUCAUGGACCUGUCAGCCAAUUGGUUUUCUUUCUUAGACACCAGUCCCUGGGGACUGUGCGGAAAUCCUUUCCGCAAUAUUUAUUUUGAUACACUAAUCCUUUCCAACAAUUCCUUUAACGACCGGUCUACAAUAGCGCUGUGCAAUGUGUUAAACGGAACCAAACUUGUGCAGCUAAAGCUAAAUGGACAUGGAAUGGGACCAGGAUUUGGGUUCAAAAACUUCAAGGAUCCAGAUAACGCCACCUUCGCCGGACUGGUGAAUAGUAAUCUGAAAAUUCUCGAUAUAUCUAUAGGGAGGAUUUUUUCACUGAAACCAUAUGUGUUUGGUAAACUGUCCGAUUUGCAGAUGCUUAUCCUCUCGGACAACAAAAUAAAUCAAAUUGAACAAGACGCGUUUCAAGGUCUCCACAAACUCGAAUACCUUUAUAUGAUCUCUAACCUAUUGGGUGAAAUAUAUAAUGACGCUUUUGCCGGGCUGACAAAUUUAGCCCAAAUUCACCUGAACAACAAUCAUAUUGGGCAAAUCGCCAAUGACGCCUUUGCAAACCUCCCAAAUCUGCAGUUUGUCGACCUACGGGGCAACGCAAUCAAAAGCAUUUGGUUUUGCGAUUACAUGCCGUUUGUGAUCUUUAUUGGUUUGAGAGAAAAUAAGCUGAAAAGCAUUGACAGCGAAGAUUUGAAAUCCGAGACCGUGGAUUUGUCAGAAAACCAGCUGGAGAACCUUAGUCACUUGUCCAAACUUCUGCGGAACCCGCUAGUUAAGAACAUCUCCCUUAGAAAAAAUCGUCUGUCUACUUGUUAUGACUUCGAGAUUUCGCGAAACAACUCACUGUCGUAUCUGGACCUCUCUGACAACAUGAUCCAGUUAAUUUGGGGACAAGGGUAUUGUCUGGACAUGUUUCAAAACCUUUCCUCACUUCAGCAAUUAAACCUCAUGAAUAACUACCUUCGGUCCAUUCCAGACAGGUUAUUUACGGUUCUGACCUCCUUGCAAAUUCUUAACUUGUCAUCCAACUUUUUCACACAUCUUACACCAGGCAUUUUUCCUAACAGUCUGGAGACCUUGGAUGUGUCGAAGAACCAGCUACUCUCACCUAAUCCCAAGGUGUUUUUGACUUUGAAAGCCCUUGAUAUAACAGAUAACAAGUUCAUCUGCGAAUGCCAGCUUAUGGAUUUUCUAGUAUGGUUAAACCAAACUAACACUAGUCUACUGGGGUCACCCAAUGACAUCUACUGCGUCUAUCCUGACCAAUUUCUCUAUAAGCCACUUUACGUUCUUGAGUACGUGGAAUGCGAUGAGAAUGUCGCGUUGAGGCCGCUCAUGUUCUCUCUGUUUGUUUUCACUGCGGUCGUCAUCAUAACUUUUUUAACAUCGGUGAUUGUGUACAAUCAUUUCCGCGGGGUCUUCUUCGGCCUCUACAAGAGAAUGAUAAAGUCCAUACUCGAAGAGGGGUCGCAAGGGGAAAGCUCUUACAAGUACGAUGCCUACUUGUGUUACGCCCGUAAGGACUUUGAGUGGGUGGAAAGGGUCUUCCUCAGAAACCUCGAUUCCGAGUACUGUGACAAGAACCGCUUUAGUCUGUGCUUUGAGGAGAGAAAUUUCAUCCCUGGGGAGGACCAUAUCAUAAAUAUUCGUGAUGCCAUUUGGAACAGCAAGAAAACCAUUUGCAUUGUGACGAAACAGUUCCUCCAAGAUGGAUGGUGCGUUGAAGCAUUCAACUAUGCCCAGAGCCGAUAUUUUACCGAAUUGAAGGAUGUCCUAAUCAUGGUGGUGGCCGGGUCACUCUCGCAGUACCAGCUGAAGAAGUAUAAACCAAUCCGGGCAUAUAUACAACGGAGCCCGUAUCUGAAAUGGCCGGAAGACUACCAGGAUGUAGACUGGUUUCUCAGCAGACUUUCCUACAAAAUAUUAAAGGAGGAGAAGUUAGAAAACAGAGACGUUGAAGUGUCGACAAAAGGUUCCGCUCUAGAACUUCAUCAGAUAGCGACCAUUUCUUGACCUGCUCCACAGAAUACAAGUGUGCACAGUAUUUUGACUGAUUGUCCGCUAUAAAAAUGGCAGGUCUUCUCCUUAAUGACCACUGCCCCCGCGCACAAGAUGUUCCUCUGAUUCCGUACACACGAUCUGAAAGCUACACUCCCCAUUUUAAGUACUGUUUUUGGGUUGUUGUUUUUUGGACUUUUGGGGGUAUGUCGCCAUGAUCCUAUAUACUUAGUUGGGUCGGAAGAUGUGAAGCACUUUGCCAAAUGUGAAUGUACGUUACUGUUAUACAGUUGCUCCCCUACCAGGGGCAAAAACAUGUUGAAGUAUUUGUUGUUCUGAAAUGUUUAAUUCUGAUUUGCCAAAGAGACGUGUUGUCGUAGCACUAGGACCUUGCUUGUGCCAUUUACCAGUAGGAACGUGAGGGGUUAGGAUGUCAUUUCUUUACAAGAUGCUUUGGAAACCUGACACGUGGGCGGCCCUCUAGCCUUCAAAAGGGCCACACUAUGGGGUAGAUGUAUCGAGCCUGUACUAAGUUAAAACAGUACAUUUACUCACAUAAAGAGACACUUAUCUGUAAUAACAUAUCGCUGUUACAAGCUAUAACAAACAUAUCGGCCAGUGAAACAGGAGGGAGGUGGGGGCCGCAAAGGGCUGGAGCGCCACAUGCUGCACUAGGGCUGCUUGCUGCUUAUCACUGAUGUACCGGUAGAAAUGUGCUGUAACCGGUAGCCUUUCAGAAUUUAGCGGUCUAGUGAACACUGAUAUUUUAUUGGUUGGUGUUUAUUACAUCAUAGCGGGGGAGAUAUAUCAAAUCUAAAGACUGCAGUAGUUGCCCAUAGCAACCAAUGAGCUUCUACUUAUCAUUUUACAGAAUGUACUUUAUAUAUGCCAGCGAGAAGCUGAUUGAGUUCUAUGGGAAACUUCACUUGUCUACUGUUUAGAAUUUUUGAUACCUGCCCCCCACAGUUCCUCUGUAUCGUCUUAAGAAACCCCAGGGGCAGAUUCCUUUAGCUGUGGAUUGUACCACGUGGUCUGUUCUCCUGGGAAAAGUGCCUGAAGCUAUUCAAUAACAGACCCGCAAGUAACCUACGAGUAGCCCCAACAGGGCCAGAUUAAGCCUAGGGUGGGCCCAGGGCACUUAAGGCAAGGGGACCCCGGGGAAGGGGGUGGAGUAUAUUAGAUUGCGCAUACCUCCCAACAUGACCCAUUCCUGUGGGGACAUAAUGCUCUGCUCCUGGACUUCCCUCUUAAUAUACGGUUGGUGCCACCUGUGUUGAACUAUUUCAUUAAUAAGAUAGGUUAAGGAUUCAACACAGAAGAGCAGGAGAUGCUGGAUCCCUUGGUCACUUUUUGGCCAGGAAGUUCCGUCUGUAUCUCAUGAAACCUGAUACUCCUGUAUCUCUGCCUGCAAUGCAAACUGUCCUUCUCGCAUUCUUGCUGCCUGUUCUGCUGCUGCACAAGAGGGAGAGCAAGUGAUGUCAGUGUUCUCCGGCCAGGGGGUUCCCUGACAGAGGGGGGCCCAGGGUGCAGUAACUAGACAUUUUAGCGCUGUGUGCAAGAAAGGACAUUGGCGCCCCCACCCCCAUGCAAGAUAGGGGCAGUGCGCGCCACAGGCGCUCAAAAAAUAUAUAGGGGCGUGGCUUCAUGGGGAAGGGGCGUGGCCACAAAAUAAUAGCAAUUCAUACUACGGUGCACAGUAGUCUCCAUUAUUCAAAUUACGCUGCACAGUAGCGCCAUUACACCAGGUAGAGCCCCUUUUAUACAUUACAGCAGACAGCGUCCCCCUUUUUACACAUUACAGUAGACAGUCCCCCUUUUUACACAUUACGGCAGACAGCGUCCCCUUUUUUACACAUUACGGCAGACAGCGUCCCCCUUUUUUAACAUUACGGCAGACAGCAUCCCCUUUUUACACAUUACAGCAGACAGCGUCCCCUUUUUACACAUUACGGCAGACGGUGUCCCCGUUUUUACACAUUGCGGCAGCCAGUCCCCUUUUUACACAUUGCGUUAGCCAGG